ACUUUGACGUAAAAGGAAAUAAAUCAACCCAGAGCCUGACUGUUUGUUUACAUCUAGUGUUCUGCCUGCGAGUGAUUCCAUUUGCAGUGAAACUGCCUCUAGGUUUUUCGAUAAAAUAUUUUCAUACUUUUCUUGCAAUACAGUACCAACAUUGCUCUUAAUGCGUGUCGGUUGCGUUUACCUUCCGACCAAUACUGAGGCUAGUAGCAUCCGAGGAAACAUGCUAAUGCUAAAUAGCGCGACACUGGCAUCUUGCUUCCAAAGAAGCUAACACAAAGAUGCAACCUGCCACGAAGCUCCAUAAAAGAUAGGGAUUUGGACGAUGUGAAGGAAUGAACCAGAUGCUGGUGCAUCAUGGCGUUGUCUGAGGUUCAUUGGGAUGAAGAAGUCCCCCUCCCCAGGCUGGGUCCGGUUCAGGCCAAAGUCACUGUGGGUCUGGUGGCAUUGCUGUGCUUCAUCAAUAGUUAUGAUGGGGAAUUUGUGUUUGACGAUUCCGAGGCGAUCAUCAACAACAAGGACUUAAAACCAACAACGCCCUUGACCAACAUUUGGAGCAAUGACUUCUGGGGAAGCAACCUGAGCAGCAACUCCAGUCACAAAUCCUACAGACCACUUACUGUCUUUACGUUUCGGUUGAACUACAUGUUGGCAGGCGGCCUGCAUCCUGUGGGCUUCCACGUGUUGAACAUCUCCCUCCAUGCCGUCAUUUCCGCCCUGAUGAUGGACGUGUUCGCCCUGAUGAUUGGGGGACUGGCUUACGACGAGAGAACUCACAUACUGAACCGUGCUCCCAAGACCUCGCUGCUCGCCGCGCUCUUCUUCGCUGCCCACCCUGUCCACACGGAAAGUGUGGCAGGCAUCGUAGGUCGAGCGGACCUGUUGUGUGCGCUGUUUUUCCAGCUGUCCUUCCUCACGUACUGCAAAGCUUUCAACAAAGGUGUGGACAAAAAUGGCGGCUUUUCUGUGUACUGGAUUGUGGUCAGCCUCACGCUGUGCGCCGCCGCCAUGCUUUGUAAAGAGCAAGGCAUCACUGUCUUGGGUGUAAACGCAGCUUUUGAUGUCCUCCUCAUCUGUAAUGUUGACGUGUAUGAACUGAGCCAGAGGCUAGUCCUCAGGAAGACCCCUCUUAAUGCGCGCGAGAUGCUGCGGACGGGCCUGCCGAUGCGAUUGACCCUCAUCGCUCUAGGCGGCUUCUUCAUGCUCUACACCCGCUGGAGAAUCAUGGGAACUGGGCCGCCGGCGUUCACUGAAGUGGACAACCCCGCCUCGUUUGCGGAGAACAUGUUCCUUCGGGUGGUCAACUAUAAUUACUACUACGCCCUGAAUGGCUGGCUGCUGCUGUGUCCCUGGUGGCUGUGUUUUGAUUGGUCCAUGGGCUGCGUGCCGCUCAUUAAGUCGAGCACCGAUUGGAGGGUGGUGUGGCCACUACUGCUCUGGUGCGUCCUGAUAGGCUUGGUAGGCCAAGCCUUGUGCUCUGCAGACAGCCAGCAGAGAAGGACCCUAAGCCUGGCUCUGGUGCUGCUGGUGGUCCCAUUUCUGCCGGCCUGCAACAUCUUUUUCCGGGUGGGCUUUGUCAUCGCUGAGCGCGUAUUGUACCUGCCCUCGACUGGCUACUGCCUCGUUUUGGCCUGUGCCCUGGCACACUGCUGUCACCGCUGGGUCAAGUACAAGAAGCUAUUGUGCGUCUCCAUGUUUGCCUUGAUGGUCACAUUUGUGGCUCGCUGUGCUCUCCGCAGUCACCAGUGGCGGUCUGAGCAAAGCCUUUUCACCAGCGCACUGACCGUGUGCCCCCUGAAUGCCAAGGUCCAUUACAACGUCGGGAAGAAUUUGGCCGACAAAGGCAACACCACAACUGCUAUUAGCUAUUACAGAGAGGCCAUCAGGCUUCAUCCCACCUAUGUGCAUGCCAUGAACAACUUGGGUAACAUCCUUAAGGAAAGGAACGAGCUGAUCGAGGCGGAGCAGCUCCUAUCCAAAGCCGUUUCAAUCCAACCGGAUUUCGCUGCCGCUUGGAUGAAUCUGGGUAUUGUGCAAAACAGUCUCAGCAAGUUUGAGCAAGCAGAGAGGAGCUACUGGAACGCCAUCCACUUCCGGAAGAAGUAUCCGGACUGCUACUACAACUUGGGACGCCUGUAUGCAGACCAGCAGAGACACGUGGAUGCUCUGAAUGCAUGGAGGAACGCAACAGUGCUCAAACCUGAUCAUAGCCUCGCAUGGAACAAUAUGGUCAUUCUACUGGACAAUAUUGGCAACUUGGGCCAAGCGGAGCUGAUUGGACGAGAAGCUUUGAGGCUCCUCCCAAACGACCACACCAUCAUGUUUUCGUUGGCCAACGUCCUGGGAAAACAAGAGAAGUACAAGGAAUCAGAGGGCUUCUUCCUCAACGCACUCCAAAUCAAUCCGAAUGCAGCUGGCUGCCAUGGCAAUUUAGCUGUGCUGUAUCAUCGCUGGGGCAAGUUGGAGCUGGCUCAGAAACACUACGAGUUGUCUCUCCGUUUGGACCCCAAAGCCCCAGGCACACGAGACAACUACAACAUGCUCCGACGCAAACUGGACCAGCGCAAACGCCACGCACCCUGACGGCAGCCCCAUCCGUUGACGUCAUCAAACACUCUUCGUCGCACCCCCCGGUGAUUUUUACAAACAUAUUUUGCGUCUGAAUUAAAGGGUCGUUUCAUAGCUC